AAGAUGGCGGCGGCGUGUCGGGUGCGGAAGGGGGAGGCGGCCGCCCGGAGCGCUCUGAAGUGAGGCUGGGACGCCGGGGGAACCGAGCCCGGGCGCCGGCUGCUCCCUCCUGCCUCCUUCGCUGUCUGCGUGCGCAGCGGGCCCGGUGCCGACUGGGCCGCGUUGGAUGGGCCCGGGGCCGCCCGGCCUCCUCAGAGCUGCCCCGCGCGGGGCCCGGCUGUGGGGGAGCGGCGGCGGCGGCGGCCUGUGGUGUGGGACCCGCCCUCACCGAACCCGGUCCGGAGAGGCAGCCGAGCCCCGGCCCGGCCCGGUCCCGGGCUGCCCGGGACUCGGAGGGUUGGGGGGAGGGGGCGGCUCGCCCAGGGGCCCCGGGGCCUCAGCCCCUUCCCCCCAGCCCCCCGCCCGUUACCUUCGGAGGGAGCGAGGGAACAGCGGCGACCCCCGCAGCCCCGGCCGCCGGGAGCCUUCCCGGGACGUGCAGAGGGGAACUGGCAAGGGACAGCGCUUGGAGAUCUCGAGAGCAAAGGGGGUCAAGUUUGAGUUUCAAGGUGCAAAAAUCCUGUGAGCUCGUUCUGACUGCUGAUACCAGUUUGCAUUUGGGAGCCAUGACA